GCCCUGGCAGUGUUCGCCGCUGCACAGAGCGCGUGUCUCCUCCGGUCCGACCUGGCGGCCCUCGCAGCGUCCCUCGUGGUGACGGGUAUUCUCGGAGCGGGAACCGUAGCUCUGGGCUGGCCCACCGCCCCGUUGCCUCUGUUCGCCCUUCUGCUUGCUGUCCAUACAAUGAUGCCCAUCUCAAGGACUGUGUCUCUCAUAGUGGCAGCGAUCCUCACCAUCGCACACCUCACGCUCGCCAUCUGUUGGCGCCCGGAGUCUUCAGCCUUCUACACACAAACUGGCGCCGAGGCGCUGUUCCUGCUGUGUGCAACUGGCGCUGGGCUGUAUUACCGACACAUGACAGAAGCCGCACACCACGACACAUUCGUGGGAACGCGCACCUGCAUUGAGUCGAGGGUAAAGCUGGAGUGUGAGAAGGAGCAGCAGGAGCAACUUCUGCUCAGCGUCAUACCGGCCUACAUUGCCGCCGAGGUGAAGCGCAGUAUCAUGCUAAAGAUGGCGGACGCUUGCCAGGACAUGUCAAACAAACAGACCCGCUUCCAUGAGAUGUACGUACAGAGACACAACAAUGUCAGCAUUCUCUACGCCGACAUCGUCAACUUCACUCCUCUGUCGGAGCAGCUGAGUGCGUCGGACCUGGUCAUGACGCUCAACGAACUCUUCGGCAGAUUCGACCAGAUAGCUCAGGACAACCAGUGCAUGCGGAUAAAGAUCCUAGGUGACUGCUACUACUGCGUGUCUGGCCUUCCAGUGUCCAGGCCCAACCAUGCCUACAACUGCGUCAACAUGGGUCUGCAGAUGAUCGAGGCCAUACGGUUCGUCCGUGAAGCAUCGGGCUUCAAUGUGGACAUGAGAAUAGGCAUUCAUACCGGCAACGUGCUCUGUGGGGUCCUGGGGCUGCGCAAGUGGCAGUUCGACGUCUGGAGUGAUGACGUCACUUUGGCCAACCACAUGGAGUCAGGCGGCGUCCCAGGACGUGUGCACAUCACCAAGGCAACGCUCUUGCAGCUAAAUGACCGCUUCCAGGUUGAAGCUGGUGACGGUGGCCAGAGGGAAGGCUACCUGGCGGACCACAAGGUGGAGACGUUCCUGAUCGUACCCCCAGCGGUCAGUAGAUUUCAAGAACUGGGUUCGCGAUCUGGCGCCGGGGGGCAGCAGAAGUUGAAAACAGAAGAUGGCACACGGAGCUCCUCCAUCUCAAAUUCAGCACUGAAAGCAGAUCAAGCUGGACUCAGGAACCGGUCACCAUCAAAAAUGACAAAGUAUGUAGAGUGCUGGGGUGCCGAUAAGCCGUUUGCCAACAUCACAGAAAGUACACUGGCAAAGAACAUUGGCCUCACAAGCAUUUCUAUGAUUGAAUCCAACCUGCUACCCAGCAAGAAUGCCUGCCUGGAGUGCAAGAAGUGGCUUAGCUCAGAGGAACUAAACCCAGUGCUGCUGUGGUUUCGGAAGCCACACCAGGAAACAGAUUACCGGAAUCAACCUGACCCCCACUUCCAGUAUUAUGUUCUUUGUGCCACAGCAUUGUUCCUGUGCAUGGCUGCUAUACAGGUGGCUACCAUGCCCAGGACCAUAGCACUCUGGGGGGCAUAUGGAGCGACACUCAUGGUUCUCCUCAUAUUCCUGUAUCUGUGCUCAAUGGAUGGAUUCUGCAUUCGUCGCAGACCCACCAGCAUGACUCCUGCAGCUGGAGGAAACACUGGGGACUAUGACUCCGGUCUCUGCACCGAUCAGGUCAUUUCCAGCAGCCGAUGGAUUCGACUGGCCAUGUUCCUCAUAUCCGUGGUGCUCAUAGCAUCCUGUGCUGUUGUCUCUCUGGUGGACAUGGAGCUGAAAUUCCUGCCAGGUAUUACAACACCAUCUGCAUUCAUCAACCAAACAUCAUUCCUCUCAUUAAGUUUGGAGGCGUCUUCAGUAGAUGACAGUCUUGUCAAAAGUGUACCGUCGUACCUGUAUGGCUCAGUCCUGUCACUGGCGACCAUCUCUGUGUUCCUGCGCGUUGGCUUCCUGCUCAAACUGAUGCUGAUGUUAGCUGUCACAACAUUCCACUUGGCUCUAUACAGUGGCCUGCAGCUAGCUCACAGCUACUACUCAAAGUGGCACAAUGGCUUCGAAGGGCUGCCCCAUCAGUUCAUGACAGCACUGCUCCUUGCCAUAAUGGUAACACUCCUCCACGUGCUGGACCGCCAGAUUGAGUUUACCUCUCGGACAGAUUUCCUGUGGAAAGCCAAGUUGAAGGUUGAGCAGGAGGAGGUGGAGACAAUGAGGGGUAUAAACAAGAUCCUGCUUGAAAAUAUUCUGCCUGCACAUGUAGCAGAACACUUCCUGGACAAGAGGAACUCUCAGGAACUGUACCAUGAGCGGUACAGUUGUAUUGCUGUCAUGUUUGCAUCCAUCCCUAAUUACAAGGAGUUCUAUGAUGAAAAUGAUGUUAACAAGCAGGGACUGGAGUGUCUUCGCCUGCUUAAUGAGAUCAUCUGUGACUUUGACAAGUUGUUGCUGAAACCAAAGUUCAGUGGAAUUGAGAAGAUCAAAACAAUUGGGAGUACAUAUAUGCUGGCUUCAGGACUACGACCAGGAAAAGAAGGCGGAACAGGCGAUGCCAGCAGACAACAGGAACAUAACGUCCUUAUUUUGGUUGACUUUGCUGUUGCUCUUAUGACCAUCCUUGACCAGAUCAACAGGGAGUCCUUCCAGAGAUUUAAACUCAGAAUGGGUUUGAACCAUGGACCAGUGAUUGCUGGAGUAGUAGGUGCUCAGAAGCCUCAAUAUGAUAUAUGGGGCAACACAGUCAAUGUUGCUUCACGGAUGGACAGCUGUGGCAUAAUGGGGCGCCUCCAGGUUACAGAAGGCACAGCGAAAAUUCUGAUGGCGUCGGGAUACGAGUGUGAAUGCAGGGGUCCAACAUACGUCAAAGGUAAAGGCACACUUACCACAUACUUUGUAAAGACGCCCUUUGAUGAGAAGUAGUGAGCACUGAGGAUCAGCAGCAGCCCCAUGCCUGCAGCUUGGCUCAUCAUGCAUCUCGAUGGAUAUGAAGAAACUUGUUUUCAUUUUAUUGCCGAUCCUUUGGAGUUUGGAAAACUUCAAUAGUGGGAUAAGAAAAUUUCUAAAAAAGGCCUCAGUUUCAGGCAACGUAUUAUUUUUCAUUAGGGGUUACCUAUUGGAUUCCUUAUUGCCAGGGCUCGAAAUUUAAGCACAGAAUUUCUUCAGUUAAUUUAAACAUCCCAUAACAAUUAUAUUUUUACAGAGUGAUGGUGAAUUUGCAAUCUCACUGCUGUCUUUUUUUGUGGAGGAUAUUGUUUGUAUAUGUUUGGAAGAAAUUCAUUUUUGGGCCCUGGACGAUAAUGAGACAACUGUCACUCAGCUGAAGUCAAAAUGGAAUAAAGCUGGGUGUAAGCAGUGAUCUGUAGUUGACAUUUACAUUUUAUUGAAAUGCAUGUUUUAAUCUACAUCCUUAUAAACCUACAUUGGAAUACAUUUUCAGAAUUAAUGGUGGAUUUUGUGUUAUAAUGAAGAACUGUUAUUGAAAACAGAUGAGGCAUGAAACAUGACAGUAAACUGGGGACAUGUGAAUUCUUAA